AUGGCUUUGAUCAACGGUACUCAGCUCAUGUCACGUCCGCUUCUUAGACUGCUUCCAUCCACGCAGUCUGUGAAUGUUGGAUUGUGGCAUCGCUGUAGUGUCGCCACAGCACCACCGCCCAAUCGUCCACAUCACCCUAACCCUGGGAAUUUUUCAAAUCGUCCACGCGAAGAGCUUUCAGAGAUAGGCCACAAGGGUGGGAAAAGGGUGGGAAAGCCACCGCGUGCUAUCGCUUCGAAAGGCGGUCGUGCUGGUGCUCGGAACAAACCACCAGGGAACGGGGAAACCGAGUCAGAAGCCGAACGGCGUGGCCGAUCGCAUGAGCCUUCGGUAGUUCCACCUGGAUUCGAAGAAUGGAAGACAAUGGCUUGA